CCAGCGUCCAAUGAUCGACACGUGCCGCACGGAGGAGAAAGUGUUCAAAGUAGCCGCGAGCAGUAACUACAAAAUGCCGACGCUACAGCCGCGCAUCGGUUUCAGCAUCGAUUCGAUCGUCGGCAACACGACACCCAAGUCACCGCCACACACGAUCACCAAACCGCCGCCACCGGCGAUGGUGGUGACCGCCACCGGCGAUGAUCGUGAUCGUGCCAGUGCGCUGGGAGUGCACGGUUUGGCUAGUCAGCACCAGCACCUCCUGCAGCAGCACCACCACCAGCAACAGCAGCAGCAGCAUCCAAGUCGUUCGCCAAGUCCACCGCAAAGCUACUCGGUCCGGUUGAAUCGUCUGCAGAGUUUAUCGCCACCGCACAACUACAGCAUCACUCGACUGCCGGAAAGUCCCCAGAGUUUGGAGGGUGGUGCUGCGGGUGGUGGUGGUGGUGGUGAUCGUGCGGGACAUCAUGCGAGUGUCCGCUCGCUGGAAGCGCUUCAAUCGCGCCUUUCGCCCACUGGCCUUCCGCCGCAGCAACCUCUAUCGUUGAAGCGUCACCGUAGCCCCUCGCCACCUGCCUCACCCCCUUCCAUCGGUACCCUGGGUGGUUCUCAUCUUGCCGGACCACGUGUGGACCACGCGGCACACGCCGCACACACCGGGCACGCACCACCACCACCACCGACAGGACCGAUCGUCGUUCCGGGACUUCCGGCCGGCCUUGUGCGACCCUUUCCCGUGAGUCCCUCGCAGCAACCUUCGGCACCACCACCACCGUCCCAGGGUGGACCAACGCAAGGAGGUGGUGGACCCGCACCACCACCACCGCAACCGACGGAACUGAAAGGAUUGCCACCGUUCCUGCAUACGCCCCAGGAGAUGAUGCAAGCCGCUCACAACCAGCACUUCCUGGCGGCCCAGUUCCAGGCGGCCGCACUAGCCCACGCCCAGGCCGGUCAACCCUUCCCGCCGCAUCCGGCCGCGGCACAUCUACACAACCCGAACCUGCCACCCCGCGACAGCUACCCGCUCUAUCCGUGGCUGCUGAGCCGCCACGGGCGUGGCGUGUUCCCGAUCGGAUUCCCUGGCAACUACCUCAUCCCGUUCCGCAAAUCGAAGCGCGUCCGGACCGCAUUCUCGCCCUCGCAGCUGCUGAAGCUGGAGCACGCGUUCGAGAGCAAUCACUACGUCGUGGGGGCGGAGCGGAAGCAGCUCGCCCAGAACCUCAACCUCUCCGAGACGCAGGUGAAAGUAUGGUUCCAGAACCGGCGCACCAAGCACAAGCGGAUGCAACAGGAGGAAGGUGGUUCCGGAUCGGGCAAAUCGACCGACGGCGAUCACCAGAACCGUUCCGCGUCCAGCCCAACCGGUAGCUGCGAGGAGGAUGACGAGGAGGACGAGUUCAUCGAUAUGGACGAUUGUCCGAGCGACGAGGAGAAUAUGCACCACAACGGCUAAACGGCGGCGGUGCUCUCCUUCCAGUUCUUCAGUUCUCCAGUUGCCGAAGCUGUGCCAAAUCAUCACUAUUCACUAUCAUCACCCUCGAUGCGCGAGGAAGGCGUUUGUUGCAAUUUUACCAGUGAUUCGAGUAGUAGAGAAGAGGAUGGAUCAAUGUUGAUGAUAGCAAAAUCUUAAUAACGCGGAUUAAGGCGGACAAGUGGUAGUAACUGCUGCAGGAAUGCGCCCGCGGUAGUCGAAGGGAGAUUUUAUGUAAAAAUUCUAGCCAGGCAGUGAGUUUAGGAUGAAGUGCAUGUCCUGAAAGUAUUACGUUCACUGUGGGCGCCCUCCCUCAGGUGGGGAAUAUCGGGGAAAGAUACCAUUAGCAUCCUUUAGUUUUAUUGAACUGUACAUAGAAAGAGAGAGAGAGAGAGUAGUAGUAGUAAUUAUUGUUAACAUGCUGUCCAGACACUGAUACGAGGCUACUACAAAUAUGGCCCUCAAGAGGCCAAGAAGAGGUGUAUUCACUACUACUAUACUACUACUAUACUACUACUAUACUACUUUUGUUCCUGACGAAUUCUAGACGAGCUCAGCGCAUAAUACUAUCACGAAGAGAGAGGGAG